GUUUGUUUAGUGGCUUUCAGUGUUUUAUUUGUGAGGAACAAAAGCUUUCUCAUUAGGCCAUCUGUAAAAUUGUCCUGACUGUUUGGGAAAAUGUUUUGGGCUGUAAGUCUGCACCAUUUUUUCGAGUAUUUGGAAUAAAAGAAAAUGCACAUUCAUUGGAGUCCUUUAUCUGCCAGGAAUAUGUCAUCCAGGCCUCACACAAGAUCGAUGCUUAUUCUCUCCCACAUUUCACAGCAAAACUCAAUAAGAUGUGUGCCAACUCGUUCACUAUGUCAGCGCACACAAGCUGGGCACACUAACCGCUGGCAGCUGGCCGGUCCAUUGGGCAGUGACCUGUUAGGACAGGCACAGGUACAGAGGGCAGAGGAGUUUCCCAAUAAAUCAUCAUCACACAGGAAAAUCAAGUCAGCUGACCCCAUGGCACAGCACUGGCGAGAGGAUGCCACUUUUUGUCCAGAGUCGCCUCUGCUGCAUCUCGUUCACCCGCUCUCUGCCAGCACACACACCAGACUCUGCAAUGAUGUCACAUUCUCUACAAAGCUUGACAGCGCAGAGAAACAAUUUAAUUUUCUUUCUCGCCAAGUGGCCCAUUACGCUAAACCAGAUGCAGUACUGGAGUGUUUAGGGGGUCGGUGGGAGCUGCACUGCUCCUUCAUCAGUAGGUCAGACACAUUAUAUGUGCUGUAUACCAACAGCAAGAGACAGAGGGAUGUUCAGCUACAGGACAGAGCAGUCGGUGGGAAAUGGAGCAGAGCUGAAAGUUCUCUGUGUAGGACCGGGAGAGGUCUGCUCCACAGGAAGUGGAAUCUCACUGGCCCACUGACCCUCCGGCUGUCUGUUAAAGAGCCCUCCAUCACUAAAGAGGCCCUGUCAUUUGCCCUGCGGGCGCUCUAUGACCCAGAGGAACGCCCUGAUGAGUGGGGAGAGGGCGUAAUCGCCACUGCUGCUCUGCUGGGCAUGUCAAACCUCUUCCACAAGUGUCUUAAAGAGAUGUUGAUGAAUAUCUCAGCAUCAACCGUUUGCAGUUUUCAUCAGGUGUCCUGUAAGUUUAAAGACACGGGUCUGCAGACAGCUUGUGAGCGCUGGUUAGAGCUGUUCUUAGUCACCGAGCUCUCCUGUCACAUCACACUCAAAGACUUGACCUUUGACCUCCUGCUCAAGACUCUGUGUUCCCCAAGACUGUUUACAUGUAGUGAGUAUGAUGUGUUGAGAGCAGUGCUGUAUUGGCUUUACCUGCAGUUAAACCCCCUCAAACAGACACUACCUUCUCAUAGCACCAUCAUCAACUUCUUCUCCAGGGACACAAGAGUUUUCUUGGAACAGCCUCUGGGACAAAAAUACAUGACUAUCUUCAAAGCUCUUCGCCUGCAUGGCAUUACUGAAUGGCCACAUCUACAGGAGCUGCAGAACAUCAGAGUGUUUCCUCAAUCCUGCCUUCUGCACAUCCUGUCCAAACACUACCACACUCUUUACAGUGGGGGUGACACAGCCAUGACUGACUUCUCCAAACAAGCGGUCCGGUUCGGAAUGAUUGUGGACAGGGAACAGGAUUGCUGUACUCAGACCAUCAGCCUCUACGGCUUUUACUUUCUUCUAAAGGCUGCUAAAGUGGGCAAAGAAGAUACAUACAGCUUCUCCAUUGAGAGGUUAAGACACUGGGACACGGCUCUGUCACAGUCUUUUAUUGUGACUCGUCCGUUCUGUAUGAGGUCUGAACGAUUAGUGUGCUAUCAGAUCACAGUGCAAAGCUCCGCCAGCGGCUCAUGGCAAGAGCACAGCAGUGGACCUGUCAAUCAAGAGUUUGGCUUAUGUAAACGCCGCAGUAGAAGCAAGGUGUUUCAAAUUGAGAAACUUUCUGCACCCAUCCUGGUGAUGUUUGCUUUGGCAUUCCCAUUGUGAUGUUUCAAAUGUCUCCACUCACAUAAAACACACACACUAUACUAAAUUAUACAUAGGUAAUGCGCUUGCUUGAAAUGCAUAAUUCAUUAUUGAUCCAUGCAAACCUUUCUAAAGAUUGAUUGCCCCAUUACAGUAAAUUAAAAUGUGAGUUUUAAUCACACUUUGCACUCUAUGUCUAUGGUAUGCAUGAAAUGUGCCAGUGCAAAUUAAGGAUAUUUGACUCAACAAAAAUACUUUGGAUCCAGGUUAGGGCAGUACACAUACUGGUGCUGGUGAUGCAAAAAAAUAUAUUAGCACACAGAAGAGUGUAGUCAGUUUUCUUCUUCUAUUUUUUGAUUACCGUAAGCUGCACUACGGACUUUAAAGGGAUCCUGGAAUAUAUUUCGGUCACAAUUAUGCACAUUAUGUAGUAUAGAGAUCAGGCAAUAUGUCAUUAUUGAAACAUGCCUGUUGAUAUUGUAGCUAAAAUAUUCCCAAAUUACAGUAAUUGAUAUUGCAUCAAAUGAAAAUUGGACACUAACUGAAUCAAAUUAAAUAUUCAAUUUUAUUGAUAGCCUAACAGCAUACAGUAUUUCAUAAUUAGGGGCCAAUCACUGAAAGUGUGUAGGCACCUGAUGCAUUCAUUAGUGUUGUUCUUCUUUCGUGUAUAGCGUACCAACUAAUUUGAUGGCAAGUCGCCAAAAUGCAUCCAUAUUUUCAUGAAACUUUGUGUGUCAUAAUGAUCCAACCCUUAUCUCACCAUGUAAAUUUGGUGACAGCGCCACCUAUUGGUUUUUGUUGUAAAAGUUUUGGUUUAAAAAUGAACAAAUUACAAUUAUUGAUUGAGUACAUAAACAAUUCACUACUAUAAGCCUGUAAAUAUGAUUUGUAUUUUGGCGUACAUCCUUGCGUCAUUACAUCAUGUCUGCACACAGGACAGGACAGCAUCACUGCAGUCUAGAUGGAUGUAUAUCUGUUAUCCCUUUGGUGAAGAUGAUUACCUGCUAUAAUGCUGGAUAUGUUUUCUGGUUGUAUCUACAUUGUCCGGUGAAUUUAGUGUGACAUAUUUAUGUAGGACUUCUAAAAUUAACUUCUUGCAAUUGUUAUUUUGUAUAUUUAAGCUUAUUAUUCUUAUGUUGAAAAAAGUAUAUUUUAUCCCCAUCAUUAUUGAAUCCUCAUUUUAUGUUUUAAUUUAUGUGUUAUUGUGUACAUUCAUAGACAUAUUAUUGUAAUAACAGAGGCUGGACAAUACAGUUUGAAAAAAUUGCCCAGGGCACAAGCUAGAACUGCUUGCUUUAAAAAAUAAAAAAGUAUUUGGUCAGCAUACAUGAUUACUUUUGAA